GUGGUGGCCUGUGGAUGGAUCGUGCGUGGCUGGGGGCUCCUGCCUCGUCCGCCCAUGCGUGUGCCGCGGGCAGCUGGGGUGGAUGUCUGCCCGUUCCCUGCUGGCAGCUGGCCGGAGGCAAGACCUUGCGCAAGACCCAGCUUGAUUUCCGUGUUCCCCCUCCUCUUGCUUUCCUGCCCCAGGGGGAGGAAUCGAAGCCCCUGCUGCCACCUGCCUCCAGCCCACCCAGCAAGUCCUUCAACGGGACAGAGUCCAGCUGCUACAGCCCGCCGUCCGCCCGGACAGAUGAGCAGGCCCUGCUGACCUCGAUCCUCUCCAGGACUGUCAACAACAUCAUCGAUGUUUCAGCCGAUCAGCAACAGAUGGAGCAACACGAGUACAUGGACCGCGCCAGGCAGUACAGUACCCGGCUGGCCAUGCUGAGCAACAACCUGAUCCACUGGAAGAAGCUGCCGCUGCUCCCGUCCCUGACCAACCAGCCGCAUCAAGUGCUCGCCAGCGACCCCGUGCCCUUUGCAGACUUGCAACAGGUCUCCCGGAUAGCUGCCUACGCCUACAGUGCCCUUUCCCAGAUCCGCGUGGACGCGAAAGAAGAACUGGUGGUACAGUUCGGGAUCCCGUGACGCCGAUCUGCACUCAGCUGCUCCUCUUUCUUCCUCCACUUUUGUUUCUUUCCUUUCCACAACGGCCUCACCACUGCGGUGGAACUUGUACGGACAAGGCACGCAGGGCCGCCCGUUCCCGGCCAGAGGCGGCGCCCGGGAACGGUGGCCGAGGCGGAGGGCACGCCGAUCCACGCGGUCUCUUUCCCCUUUCCCGGUGUGGGGUGCAUGUUUGGGCGAGCCAGGGCACGCAGGGUUAACGGAGGGGGUGCAGAAUGCGGUGGCUUCGCUUGGCCCCCGAGGGGUGGGUCUCGUGAUGGGGGGUGGGGGGCAGACGGGGUCACUCUUCUGCCCGCGGAGGCGCCGAGAGGGUGCCUUCCUGGGCGGGUGGAUGGGAGGAAGGGAAGCGCGUUGCGCUGCAGGCCGCCGGCCGCCACUUCCCACUUUCUCUACCGGAAGGGUUUCCCCUCCGCUACCUUCCAUAUUUGGGGUUUUUUAGGAGGGGGAGGGACAUCUUUUCAAGAAGGAAACGCAGCACGAAGCGGAAGAGGACUGGGUGCCCUGGUGCUCUCCUUGGUGUGUAACCCUCUGCCCUGUUUUACUUAGCUGAACUGUCACUUUGUUUUAAUUUUUUUGUUUUUGCUAAAGUAGACAAAAUAUAAAUACAUUCAUCCAA